UCACAUUUACAGAGGCAGCUCCGGGCUUGUAGGUGGUAAUUCUGGGGGAAUUUAAUGGUUUUGCUGAAACUCCGAAUACGCCACUUUUUCUCUCAGAGUUUUAUCUUUACUAAAAACUAAAUAUAUGACCCAGUGGAGUUGGCAGCUCGGGCUGGGAGGAGUCUGUGGUCGCCUGGUGUUUUAAUUGGCUGCAGACUUCAGUGAGAAGCGUGAGUAUCAGUAAUUAUUCAGCAAUGUUUUGCACAAGAAAUGUCAGCCAGAAAGGGCUAUCUUCACCCGCCGUCAAAUUACACCACAACGAUGUCAUGUUCCAACAACCAAGCAGGAAACUCGUUUUUUGUGGACUCUUUAAUCAACGUGAGAACCGACGGCGGUUCGUAUUACCAAAGUAACAGCCUGUAUUUGCCACCGGCGUCGGAAUAUUCUUAUGGACUCUCCGGUAGCUCUUGUUUCCCGGCGAUCGGCAAGCGCAACGAGGCGUCCACCCAGAGCGCGCUCCCCUCCUCCGCUCCCUAUGUCCAGGGGAUGGAAACGUGGCUGGAGACGUCGAGACCCUGUCGGGUGGAGCAGCCCGGCGUGCCGCAUUUGGCUCAGUGUUCAUUCUCACCGAGUAUAAAAGAGGAGAGCGCAUGUUGCCUUUAUGAGUCUGACAAAUGUCCAAAAGGAGCGGCGGUGGAUGACAUAUCUUACGCGGCCGGACCAUGCCCCGUCACCGGCAGCACCGUGCCCAUUCCCGGCUACUUCCGCCUGUCCCAGACCUACACGUCCGCGAGGCUUUUUCACGACGUCCAGCCCAACAUGAAUCACUUUGCCCUGCAGAGGGCUGCCCGCUCGGACGGGCAGCCCUCGCAGCCGGCCUCUGCGGACCCGGAGGACGGCGGGAGCCACGAGGAGGCGCCUGUCCCCGCGCCACGCGCCCCGGUCAGGGAGGAGGACAGCCGCCUCUCUUCGGAAAGGUCAUCCUCCCCAGAACCCGCUGAGACGUGCAGGGCGGAGUGUCCAGAAAAGCCCGUAAAAGGGGACGGGAAAAUGGAAAGCACGGCCAACUGGCUCACAGCUAAGAGCGGCAGAAAGAAGCGAUGCCCCUACACCAAGCACCAGACUCUGGAGCUGGAGAAGGAGUUCCUCUUCAACAUGUACUUGACGCGGGAGCGUCGUCUGGAGAUCAGCCGCAGCGUGCACCUCACCGACAGGCAAGUCAAAAUCUGGUUCCAGAACAGGAGGAUGAAACUGAAAAAAAUGAGCCGGGAGAACCGGAUCCGAGAGCUCUCCACCAACUUCAGUUUCUCGUGAGAUUGCCCUCCUCCACCCGUGGACAGGACGCUGGUGCAGAGCCCCCCCACCCAGCUGUGAGCUUGUCCGUGGCAAACAGGACCCAGACUGCUAACUUAUUGAUCGUCCUCGUGCAGACGUUUUUGAUUUCGCGUCUUUAUUUGCUUGGGGACUUGUAUUUAUACACGAUCACGGUAGUAAAGUUGAUCCAUUUGAAAUGUCCAUUGUGUGGCCACAAUGUUUGACAGCUUCCGGCUUGUACAUAUUGUAUUCAAUCUGAGGGAGCCAAUGGAAUUUGCAUGCUUGGCUCACCAUUGGGACACUUGUGAUACAGUUACACACAGACCUUAUUUGUGACAGCUGAAGGACCCGCGAGGGCCUGUAAAUAUUUGCACAUUUUGCUGGUCAAAUGAAUAAAGCCCUAUAAUCACACAUGUCUUAUUUCCCUCAAGAACACGGAGCUGUUUUUUUCCCUAUACGCUUCACAAUUGGAACAGAAACAAGUGCAGUUACCUCCAUGUUUGCUCUUUGUGAUGCAGUAAGUUAUGGCGAAAAGUUACGCAUAUAGUUGGACUUUUCCUGUCCAAAUGAAACACCUUCAUUUACGCUCUUAAUAGUGAAAAUAGCAACUUGCAGGAUUCACAAUAUUAAUACUGAAAUCAAUACAGAAUGGAA